ACAGCUAUGAGCCUUCUGAAAACCACUAUAGAAAUAGUCUAAACUACAAAUUUAGACGCCUUUUUAUUCUAAGUGCUCUAUUUGUAACAUCUUUCAAAUCUUAGAAAGUGACUGUCGUUUCACAUGACCAAAAAGUCUGUAACACCACUAAAAUAGUCUGUAAUUGUCAAAGUAACAAGAUUUAUCACUAUAAAUGUUGCUUAUUAUGUUUGUGUAGUUACAAGUUUCCUAAUGGAGAGGAUAGUAAUCCUGAUAUAUCACAAGAUAUUGGUGUCAAACCUGAAGAUCACUUGAAAGUGACACAAGAGCAGUAUGUCCUCUAUUCUGACAUAGGAACAACAUUUCAGCUGUGUAAAAUUUGUGCUGAAAAUGACAAGAAUGUGCGGUUAGAACCAUGUGGUCACUUGCUAUGUUCAACGUGUGUUGAGAACUGGCAAGAAUCAGGAGGCACAGGCUGUCCAUUCUGUCGUGAACAAAUUAGGGACUCAACCCCAGUUGUAAUUGAGCCAUUCCAGUCAAGUGUGGUAAAGAAGAAGUCUGGUGGUAAUUCCUCUCCAGUGCAAUUGCUUCAUGUUGGAAGUAAUUCUUAUCCAAUGGGUGACCGUUCUGCCUUUGCCGGAUUAGCCAGUGCUGCAGCCAUGGCUAUGAAUGUGACUAUACCAGAAAAUGUCUCACACAAGGCUGAUGAACAGCGACCUCCAUUACCGAAACGCAAUAAUAGUGUACCUACAACAGCAAGUAAGGAGCAAACUGUUGGUGGUGUUCCACCUCUCCCUCGUAGAACACCUACCUCCCCUGCUAAAUCUCCAGUCUCACCUCCUUUCCUUACAACUCAAAUGGGAGGAUUGCUAGCAACUGGAAAUUUGGAUCGUACGAAUUCUACUGGCAGUGAUGAAGAGGAUCCUCGAAAUGUCAGGUCUCGUCAUUAUGUGUUUCCACAAUCUGAUGUGGUGGCACAGAUCUCUCCAUCUGUGGGAAGGAUGGAUCAUCAGGGUCUUUUGGACAAACAAUCAAAAACAAAUUUAACAAGGAAUGUGCCUCCAACUGCACCUCAAUAUCAUGGAGACUCCCGCACAAUAGAGUAUGCAGACUUAGACUUCACAAGUUAUCCACGUGGUCACAAUCCAAAUCUGAUUCUACCACCACGUGAAAUAACUGCAUAUUCACAGGUCAGUCAUGUCAUCUCUGGUGAGGAUGGUAGAAAAAUAGCAAUAGUUACAGAUGAUAUUAGUCAUGAUUCAUCCAGUGAUGAGGAGUUUGACUUUGAUGUGCCACCAUCAAUCACCGAGUUUCGAAGACAAUCUGAGGUUCACCGUUCUCAUUCUCCAUUACCACCAGGAGACUUUGACAGCAUUCCUCAUCCUGUAGUUGCUCGUAGCACGAGCCCUGUCAGCCCCAACAGCUCCAACUCUGUUUAUGAUAAUCUUCCUAUUCUGUCAUCUCAAGGGUUUCAACGUAACAUACCUCCACCUCUUGUUCCUGCACAAGGUAUCAGAACUGCUCCCCCCGUACCUGCUCAUCAACAUAGCAGUUCAGCCAAUCGCAAUGUUGGAAAUCAACUGUAUAGUCAUCCAGCAAUGAAUGAAGAGCCUGCAUAUGAUCUCGUUGCUGCUGAUCAAUCAUCAGUUUUACCUAUCACAAGUCGUCCAAGCAACCAGAUCGGAACCUCUAUCAGAAGUAAUCAAGCUUUGCCUUCAUACAGGGGAUAUGGAUCAACUAUGAUUAGUCAUGGUCCUGGAUCUGGAACGAGUGAUAGCCACUAUCCACACAGUGCUGCCAGUACUGGUGACAGCUCUAUUCAACAUCUAACAAAUCAAGGCUACACACGAGAUCAAGUUAUUCGAGCUCUGGCUAUAUCACACAAUGACUUCAAGAUGGCUGAACAGAUUCUUAAAGAAUUUGGAAAGUAACAGAAACAAAAUUUAGUCACAGACAUGAUGAGCUUGUAGAGAUAAGUCAUAAUAUGUGAACAAUAUAGUUGGGACCCAAAUUAACAUUAAUUGUGAACCAAUGGGUGCGUUGUAGGUAGUAG